AUUGCUUUUACCAAGAGAAGGGCGCGUGGUACUACGCGGGGGUAUACCAAUGCUUCCGCUUCCCCGAUCUCUCGGUCAGGGAGUGGAAUGAACUGUCGGACGAGGCCACGCAGUCCAUCGCCAAAGAGACCCUCGCCGCGCGUCGGAACACCUCCCCGCAGCACUUCUUUGAGGUGAAGGAACUGUAUGGCGCGGGUGCGCUGGCCGUAGCAUGCAUCGGGCUGCAGUGCGUAGGCUUCAACAGGCAGCUGCAUCAGGCGCUACUCGAGCAGGUGAAGGUUUGCCGCGCAGGGCGCUGGAGCCGCCCGAGCACAGCGAUGGGGGAGAGGGAGAAGGUCGAUGGCAGGAGCUCGGCGAUGGGGCUAGGGAUGGAGGGUGGACGCGCGUCGCCGUUCAACGGCAAUCGCGGCCCUGGGAUGGCGAGCCCGUCCCCUUUCAACCCGGCGGCUGGGGUGUUCAACCCUGGGUCUGCGUCGCCUUUCAAUCCGGGGACGCCGACGCCGUUCAAUGUGGCGGCUGCGCCGUUCAAUGCGGGAGCGCCUUCGUUUAAUGCGGGAGCGCCCCCGUUCAGCGCCGGGUCAGCGCAGCUCAAUGGCGGCGUGGCACCAGCUUCGGCGCCUUUCAACGCGUUCGCACAGCCUUUUGACGCGAAGAGGAUGGGUGCGAUGGUCGCUGGUCCGGGCGUCAUCGGUGGAGGUCCAGGCGGUGCGGUUGGCGGAGGCGCCGCGGGCACGAUUGGUGGAGGCGCAGGUGCCAUUGGCGGAGGCGCCGGUGCAAUUGGCGGAGAUGGCAUCAGUGCAGGUCCGAUGUCCGGCGGUGGCGGCUGGAACUCGGCGGCGGGGGAUCUGGUGUCGAGCUUCGAGGCGCUGAAGAUGGUGGAGGACAUCACGAGGGAGGGGCAGGAGAAUGUGCCGAUGGCGGCGAGGAAGUAGGUAAUGGGCGAUGCAGUAGGUGAUGGUGGUGGCGUAGAGGACGUUCGCGGUACGGUGGUGAUGCUUUUUUUUCUUCUCGACGAUACUGAGCUUGGCUCUCUUCUCCACGAUACCGGACUUGAUAACGACUUUGGCUUUUGGACUCUGACUCGCGCGUAGAGCUUGGAUUUGUAAAGUUAUAAAGAUACAUAACACUGACUCUGACCUACCUUACUUUCUCUGACUUGUACUUGGCACCUGAUUCUAUAGGUAUAGCUUGCGCCUGCUUGUUGCGACUCGUUGAACCUCUUGCCCGG